GUUAGGCUUUGCAAUGAUCUCCCAAAUGCAUGACGCAACCUUUUGCAGGAGCUCUGCCUUUGACGGAACACGGGGAAAAUGCAACAUCCUGUUAUGAAGCUGCAUUGAAACAUGUUACAUUCCAGCUUUGCUAGCAAUCCCUCCCCAGUGAUCAAGGCACCUGACCAGUGCUAGGGUUAUGUAUGGCUAGAAAUGCUCUGUGCAGGAAACUUGGUUUUGCCAGGCUCAGCUUCCUCACACGAGCAGGGGGCAGGAGUGCUGCAUUGAAAACACAUGGAGAGUUUUCAGAAUAGCAGCCGUGUUAGUCUGUAUUUGCAAAAAGAAAAGGAGUACUUGUGGCACCUUAGAGACUAACAAAUUUGAGCUACAGCUCACUUCAUCGGAGACAUGGAGAGUGUCUCAGCUAGGUCUUCUCUGGUUUGCCGAGGGCUCUGACGGGCCCAGAUUGUGGUCCCUGUAACAGAAAAGUGGGUGGUGAGGGGAUGCAGAGAUGCGUGGAUUGUAAAGGACAUCCCUGUCCUUGGAGAAAAUAGACAUUCAGGCUGAAAGCUGAGUAUCCCGUCAAGGGCUAAACAGAAAACAAGGGACUCCAAAAAAUUAGCCAGCAGCACAAUGCUGAGUGAAGGCAGCUUUUUCAGACACCUGGGCAGCCGGCAGACUGAGGGGCUGUGGAGUUGGGGGAUAUGAAAACCACAAAACCCACUUGAGAGAGCUGAGAACAUGUGUUGAUAAACCACAAUGCAGCCUGCCUGUGUGUCUCUUUAAGAGCUUGCUUGGCUCUGUGCCAUCUCUGUGCCUGUUCCUCCUCUCUGCAAUACGUAGCUUUGUCCUAGCCUCCUCGCAUGCUGCUGUCUGUGGGUUCCUUCUCUGCCUCAGCAGGAUGGCCUCUCAAGGCCCCCAGAAGCUGGAGGAGAAGCUGGUCUGCUCCAUCUGCCUGGAGAUGUUUGGGACCGCGGUGACCAUGCCCUGUGGGCACAACUUCUGCAUGAAGUGUAUCAAUAACCACUGGGACAAGGAAGAGAAGGAGGCUUCUCUGGACAAGAAGGACUACACCUGCCCCGACUGCAGGCAACGCUUCAAGAAGAGGCUGGAGCUCAGGAAGAACGUCGCCCUUUGCAGCGUGGUGGAGCUGAUCAGGUCUGAGGAAGUGCAGGCCUCCAGCACUGAGAGGAAAACCCCCGCCAACGGAGCGAGGUGCUCCAGGCAUGGGCAGCCCCUGAAGCUGUACUGCCAAGAGGACAAGAUGUGCAUCUGCUGCAUGUGCACAGUGAAGGAGUGCCGGGACCACCACAGCAUCCUGUUCGAGGAGGAGCGCAAGAGAAAGGAGGUCCUUUUAGAAGAGUCUCUGGCGAAAACCCAGGAGGAGACAGUAAAGACCAAGGAGGAGAUCCACAAACUGGAGGAACAAACUGGCACCAUAAAGGAUUCUUCAGAGAGGCUGAAAUCAGGGAUUUUGCAGAAGUUUGUCCACCUGAUGAAAGAGCUGGAGGAGUGUGAGAGGGGGGCCGUGGACAAGAUAGAGCAAGAGCAGGCCACUGCCCUAGGGCAAGUGGAGGAGAACUGGAGCCAGCUGCAGGAUCAUCUGGCCAUGCUCACCCAACACCAGCAAAAGGCCCAGGAGCUGCUGACCUGUGUGGACAACAUGAAAUUCCUAGAGGAAUUCCUGCUGCUCCCUUCUCCAAGCAGCCUGGGAGUUUUGCCAGCUGUUGAGUUCAAUGUGGCCAGCACAAUGGAUUCCACUGCUAAGAUCCUCACUGAGGUCUCUAAGCUUUUGCUGGAGGAUUUGCCCAACUCUCUGAACCCAAAGGCAGCUGAUGCUGAAACCAAAGAGUCAACGGAGCCAAAGGUGCCUGCUGUGGUGAAGGCAGGUCCAGCUCUUCCCGAGUGUGAACUAAGAGCGGAGCUUCUGAGGGAUCAUCAAAAUUUGACCUUUGACCCAGACACAGCCAAUAAGUACCUGCAGCUGUCCAAUCAAAACCAAAAGGCCAAGCACACCCAUUCUCCUGAUGGCCUUUGUGAGGAUCAUGCCGACAGGUUUGAGCUGUGGCAGGUUCUGUGCAGCCAAAGCUAUAGCCAAGGCCGCCACUACUGGGAAGUCAGGAUCUCCAGCCACUCCAUCAUCCUAGGUGUAACAUACAAGAAAAUCCAGAGGAAGAAGCAAGCUGGUCGCUCCUUCAGCAUCGGGCUGGAUGGAUUGUCCUGGGGGCUGCAGAUCCGGGAGGACUGCUACUUGGCAUGGCACAAGGGCCAGUCACAUAAGAUCAUGGAGCCCUUGUACAAAUGCCUUGGAGUCAGCCUGGACUAUGGCACAGGCAUCCUGUCAUUCUAUGGCAUCGGGGACAAGAUGAAGCUCCUCCACUCUUUUCACUGUGUCUUCACUGAGCCCCUCUACCCAGUCUUCUGGCUCUGCGAAGGCAGAACCAUCACCCUUUGCCAACAGAACUGAGCCAGCAGCUGGGAUGCAGAAGCCAAGCCAUAGCCAGCAGGGCGUAUCCCAUCUUGCAGCCAGCUGCCUUGGUUUAUUUGGUGGGCAGCCUACUAAAGCUACAGCCAGGACUGGAGGUGUCACAAUGCAGUUGGUUUGACAGGGCCGAGGUGAUGAGGUUGUAAUGAAUUAAAGACGGGUAGAUGAGGCAGGGAGCCUGAAAAGCAAAGAAACAUGGCUGGAAUGAAAAUUGCCCAAGUAGUUCAGCCAUAUGUAAAUUAGAGUUGGGUGACAGGAGACCUGCUUCCUUACCUGUCACAAGGAUCCCCUGGUGGAAGAGCUGAAGCUAGUGGGAUUCACAAGGCACCUGGCAUCAGUCUUGUUGCAUGUGGAACGGCAUUGCCUGUCUCCAGCCCCCAUGACGUAACAGGGAGAAGUUAGGAUCCUGUGGAGGCACCAGUGAAAGGGCUGCUGUUUGGGAGGCUCUGAUGAGAUGGUGGCAGGAGGGAAGAUAGUACAGCUUGGUGUCCCAACCCUCACUUUCUCUGCCUCCCAGAACCUUGGACGGUCACCUGCUGCUUUUUGUUCUGCAGAGCAGUUGCAAUCAGAGAGUGGCCCUUGCAUAAGUGCUGACUCCAUGGUGCUCCAGCCCUGGAGCACCCAUGUAAAAAAAACAGUGGGUGCUCAGCACCCACUGGCAACCUCCCAGAUCAGCUCCGCCUCCUCCCCCGCCCUCCCAGCGCCUCCCGCCCUUCUUGAUCAGCUGUUCAGCCGCCUGCAGGAGGCACUGGGGAGGAGCGGGGGCAGGAAGAGGCGGGGGAGGGAGCAGAACGGGGUGGGAAGAGCUAGGGUGGGGGAGGGGUUUGGGGACUCAGAACAUUCAGAGCACGGGGGGGGGGAAUGCGAGGGAAGUAGAUUUUUCCCUCUGCUCUGGGGACAGUCAAUUCCCAUGGUUGGGUUCUACUUGUUUUUAAAAGUCCCCGUCUGCAAUAAAGUUCCAUUUUCUAAUGCUGUGAGAGUUUGCCUGGGAGCUCAGGUCUGGUGAAAGAUGCUGGAUCGCCAGACAGCCUGGAGGAGGAAGUUCUAGCUAUCCACCAACCAGACCCAAUGUGGGCAGCCGUAGGGUGAGCUUCCCAUCCCCCUGGCCUCACCAUGUGCCUCCCCAGGGGUCCCAUCUCAUCCCUUCUAUGUGUCCCCUUGUCUUGGCUGAUGGACUCCCCGAGGGAGAUGAAUGUGUUUCAUGUCAGCCAACAUAGUUUGGAAAUGUAAGAGUUUUAAAAAAAAAAAAAAAAAAGGAAGGAACCUUAUACCCCACAAAACCACUACCCGCUCCAGCAGCCCCUGCACUGGACAGCAUGGGGCUGGCUGUUCCUUUAACUGGCCAGGACUUUACUCUUCUCCAUCACUCGAACUAGGCUGCACUGAAGGGUGAGGCUGUGCCAUGCUGGGUGGCAGGGGAGUGUUGUGUAGCGCCGGUGCUGUUACCCUGCUUUGACAGGCCACAGAGCGGUUGGUAUCAAUGGCCGACCACGUCCAGCGGUCCCUUAGCUGUGAGCCUGCCCCUCAUCCCAUCCGUCCUCCACGGCUCCCUUCCAGCUAGCACAGCUUCACCUCCCAGCCACGUGGUUGAAGUGACCUCUAGGGGGUGUUGGCUCUGUACCUUUUCCAGGAUAAAGAUUUGUUGCUCUCUUGCAACUAGUGGGUGUCUGGUAGCACGGCCCUGGGUGAUGCUCAGCAGAGAGGCUCACAGAAGUAUUGAUGUACUAAAUCUCCAGGGAAGUCCCCUGCCCACAUCCACUUUACACCAGGAGUGGAUUUGGCCCAAUGACUCUGCUGUCACUGCUGGACUCUCACAGGUAAUUUGCCUCCCCAGCUGCCCUGUUUGAAAUGAGUUUGACCCUGAUCCAGUUCCCAGCAGCCAGGUGUCCACGUCCCAAAAUACCACCAUCGCAGCUGGCGUGACUUGAUGCCGGUGUUGGCAGCCUCACUGGAGAUGGUAAAGGCUGAAUGGGCCUGAAGCCUGAACAUUGUCUCCCGCCUGCCCCCCUACUUCAUAGUGGACAGAGGUGCAUGAGUGGGGAAGCCUGCAUUGCCACUCCCUGAGCCAUGCCAUGUCUGUGCAUCAAUACAAGGCAGCUACGCCCUGUCUCCUAGCUCCCAAAGGGUCCAUUAUAACCCCCCUCUGUCCAUACUCCACCCACAUCUGUCCCAAACCCAUCCCCCAUGGCUCUGGGGCCAUCAAUCACCCCCUCACCCACCCCUCUUGGCAAACAUGUCCUGCUCAGGAAAGAUGCCUCCUGGUGCGUGAGCUCGUCCCAGACAGUGCCACUCUGAGCCCUGGCACUACCCCCGGGGCUGCUUCCUGCCUGUGGAAGAUGUUGCUGUGCCCCAGGGCAACUCCUUGAACAGCCCUGUGGCUUGGGCCAGCAAAGUGGGUUUGCAGACAAAGCUGAGACUGAAUUCAGAUUCCCCCCCCCUUGCCUCAGCUUCCUUCUCUGACCAUCCUGUUUCCCUCCAGGUCAGGUGUGGCCCACCUGU